UUUGCAGUCCAGUUGCACAGGCUGGAAGAGAGGAAAUCCCCUCUGAAAAUGGCCUUUGACUGUGGAUUCAGAGAUAAUGAUGCAGAAACCAAUAUCAAGAGGGGGUGGUGCUGAUCUUUUCCAGGGAAUUUGUUCCAAUUUGCUGCCUUGGGAGAGGAUUUAUGGGAUGUUGCUAACAAUGCUGCUCAUAAAAAGGCCCCGUCUUUCCUGAGCCACUUUGCAGUUGACGAAGUUUUGCAGUUACCUUGUUAAUUGCUCCGUGAUGUGCUUUUGGAGUUGGGGUGACCCAAAAUAUACAGAUUUUUUUCCCUGGCUCAUUUGUGCACAGAUUGAAGAUGUUUCUAAUUUUGCUUCUGGUUACUCUUGGAGCACAGACUUCUACAGCACAGAGACCUGCCUCUGAAUCGGCAGAUAUUGUCCUUUUGAUCGACAGCUCUGAUGCCCUUGGGAGAAGGGCUUUUCCAUCUGUCAAAUCCUUCGUUAACAGAAUCAUCAACAGUCUCCCAAUUGGCCCAAGCAGGUAUCGAAUUGCGCUUGUGCAGUACAGCGAUGACGUGAAGGUUGAAUUCCACCUGGAUGACUAUAAAGCCAAGAACCCUAUGCUGAACCAACUCAAAAAGGUUUCGUUCAAAGGUGGACCUUUGAGGACCGGGAAUGCCAUACGAAGGGUCCACGAGACCUUUUUCAGAAGACCGAGGAAAGACAGGAACCAGAUUGUGGUGGUCACGGCUUCAGCGAUGUCAGAUGAUCCCGUGGAAGAAGCAGCAAGCCGAUUGAGGCAGGAUGGGAUAAAAAUAAUAGCGUUAGGAAUCCAGGAGGCGUUGCCUCAAGCGCUGCAGUCAAUCGCUACCCCUCCGUUCCACUAUAAAUUUGAUACACCAAGGGAUCUCCUAGCGUUUUCUCAUAACAUGUCUGAAGUUAUUGGAAAGGCUGUACAAAUGGAAAUUUUCACGGUCACAGCAACGCCUGCACUUCCAAAUGUGACAGAAAAUGUAACAGGAACCGUUGGUCCUGUAUCUCCAGAAGCUCUGACGUGCCGUGAGAACUCAGUCGCAGACAUUGUAUUUGUUGUGGAUGAGGCUGUUUCACAAGCGAAUGCUGAACAUAUCAGAGAAUUCUUGCAGAACACAGUAAACUCUCUCGACGUGAAGGAAGCGUGCAUAAGGAUGGGCAUUGUCACGUACAGCACGGAGCCCAAAGUAUUAACUUCUCUGAGAGACGAAAUGAAGAAAACGGACAUUCUUCAGAAAAUUAGGAGCUUUUCCCCUAAAGAAGGGAAAUCUCAUUUGGGUGCUGCUAUUAAUAUGACCACAAAACAUGUUUUUGCCGGAAGGAGGAGGAGUGUAGAGCAGGUCGCCACCAUUAUCACCCACAGGCCCUCGGAUGAUGAUAUAAGAAAUGCAGCUUCUCUCAUUAGCAGGGCUGGUGUGACCGUCUUUGCCAUCAGCGUUGAAGGAGCGGAUGCCGCUCAGUUAUCUAAGAUUGUGUCACAUCCGCCAGAACAGAAUAUUAUCAAACUGAGACAAUUUUCCGACCUGCCCAAACAGGACGAGACUUUUCACAAGAAACUCUUCAACCUAAUAGAAGACAGACUUAUUAUCCAACCUGAAAGGACAAUUCAGCUCAAAUCAGGAUGUGUGGAGACAGAAAGGGCUGAUAUUUAUUUCCUCCUUGAUGAUUCUUCAAGCAUUCAUAUCGCUGGGUUCAUUAAUAUGACAACUUUUAUGAAGGAAGCUAUUAAGAUGUUUACCAUAGGACCUGAUAAUGUUCGAUUUGGAGUUGUUCAGUAUUCAGAAAAUACUAUCUUACCAAUUAGACUUGGUCAGCACAACACCCGCAUCAGUUUAGAAAAAGAAAUGAAUCAUAUCAGACAUAGAGCACUACCAGAAACAAACACAGGAGCAGCUAUAAAUUUCACACGGCCAUUGUUUAAGGACGCAAGACAACAGUGUCGCGGCAACGUCCCCUGCUAUCUCAUUGUGCUGACGGAUGGAAAAUCAAGUGAUGACGUGAAGGUAGCUGCUCGGCUGCUGAGGAAUGCAAAUGUCAACAUUUACGCCAUUGGAGUGAAAGAUGCCAGCGAAGAAGAGUUGUUUCAUAUUGCGGGCUCAAAGUCAAGGGUUUACUUUGUGCAACAGUUCGAGGCCUUGGAAAAAAUAAAAAACAUUGUUGUUCGGGACAUAUGCAAUGAAAAAGCCUGCGAGGAGAGGAAGGUUGAUGUCAUGUUCCUAGUGGACAGCUCUGGUAGCAUAAGACCUGAGGACUUUGCAAAAAUGCAGACCUUCAUGACAGAAUUUGUGAACAAAUCUAACAUUGGCCCAGAAGAAAUGUGCGUUGGUGCUGUGCAGUUCAGUGGCACAACCGAAGAAAGGUUCCCCCUCAAUAGGUACUUCACAAAGAAGGAUAUCAUUGAUGCUAUUGGUAGUAUGUCCCUUAUCAGAGCCAACACGCUCACUGGAAAAGCGCUGGAAUUUAUUUCCGAUUAUUUUGAGCCUGCCAAAGGGGCACGGCGUGGCGUCCACAAAGUUCUUAUCCUGAUCACCGAUGGGGAAGCACAAGAUGAAGUGAAAACUCCAGCCACAGCCCUGAGAGAUAAUGGCAUCACGAUCUACUCAGUUGGCGUUUUUAAUGCCAAUAAAACUCAGCUCGAAGAGAUCAGUGGGAGACCUGAGAGGGUGUUUUACGUGGAGAACUUUGAUGUUUUGAAUAAGGUACAGGAUGAGCUCAGGUUUGGUGUGUGCAAUCCUGAAGAGGAGUGCAAAAGGCUAGAGCGUUUGGAUAUAGUAUUUGUAAUUGAUAGUUCUGGCAGCAUUGGUCCUGAAAACUAUAAUCUCAUGAAGAACUUCAUGAUUGGCAUUGUGAAUAAAUCUGACGUGGGCAAGGAGCUUGUUCAGUUCGGAGCACUCAAAUAUUCAGAUGAUCCACACAUUCUGUUUGAUCUCGAUGACCACAGUACACAAUCAGACGUCAUCGAUGCUAUCAAGAGUGACACACAUUUGGGGGGCGAUACAUACACAGCGGAGGCUCUUGAACAUUCAAAAGCUCUUUUCACCGAGGCACGUGGCAGUCGCAAACACAGGGGUGUUUCCCAAAUUCUCAUGGUCAUAACCGAUGGUGAAUCCCACGAUAGAGAAAGACUUGAUGAAGUGUCUAAAAAACUCAGGGAUGAUAAAAUUACUAUCAUGGCCAUUGGGAUAAAAGAGGCCAAUCCUGCUGAACUUCUGACUAUGGCUGGAUCAGAAGAAAACCAGUAUUUUGUGGACACAUUCGAAGGACUGCAAAACAUAUCCACGAAUUUAUCAGCUAAUCUAUGCAACAAUUCAAAGCCAGAAUGUGAAAUCCAAGCUGAUCUUGUUUUCCUGAUUGAUGGUUCCAAAAGUAUACCCGAAAAAGACUUCAAGAGGAUGAAGGUCUUCCUGAAAAACCUGCUUGAUUUAAUAGAUUAUAAUGACAAUGUGAGAGUUGGUAUGGCCCAAUUUGCUGACCGAUAUAAAGAAGAAUUUGCUCUGGGUGCUUAUCAGAACAAACCAGAACUUCAAGAAAAAAUUACUAAUGUUACAAUGAUGGUAGGUGAUAGAACAUACAUUGGAGGGGCUCUCAAAGGAGUGAAGGCCUUAUUCAACUCCACAAGACGCAGAACACCGAGACACGUCAUGCCCAAGUUGCUGCUAAUCACAGAUGGAAACUCACAUGACCCUGUUGCUGACAGUGCAAGAGCCCUGACUGCCGAUGGUGUCGAGAUUCACGCUAUUGGAGUGGGAACGGUUGACCGGGCAAAACUAAUGGAGAUCACUGAUGACUCAGACAGGAUAUACUCUGUGGCGAAUUUCAGAGAUCUGCCAAAUAUCCUAACUCGCGUAACUAAGGAAGUGUGCAAAGAUGAAAAUGAAGCAACAUGUUUUAUGGAUGUCGUUAUUGGAUUCGAUAUCUCAUCUCAGAAAGCCGGAGACCAUAUUUUCAAUGAGCAGCACCUUCUGGAGACUUACCUCCCUGAUAUUUUAAAAGACUUUACAUCUUAUGGGGCUGUGAGUUGUAACAAAGGAACAAAAACACAGUUCCGUGUGGCAAAUCUGAUAGAAAAUACAGACACACCUUUCCUGCGGACUCUCCAAGUUGACCAUGAAAAAAUCCUAGAGGAUGUCCGGAAAGUCAGGCUGAAUGGCCCGUCAUAUCUCAAUGUCAAAUUCCUAGACAACCUUUGGAAUGUAUUUGAAAAUGUACCUGGUAAUCACAUGCGAAGCCAGGUGUUGCUUGUUUUCUCCGAUGGCUUGGAUGCUGACAAAGAAGUACUUAAAAAGAAAUCAGAAGAACUUCGGGGAAAAGGACUGGAUGGAAUAAUAACAGUUGCUCUGGAAGGAGUUACCAACUUUCCUGAUCUUCUGGAUAUUGAAUUCGGAAAGGGAUUUGGAUACAACCAGCAAUUAAGUAUGGGUACACAAAAUAUUGCCGGCAGGCUGUUUGCCUUUGUGACACAAAUUGCUGAGAGAACAUGCUGCUGCCAAUUCUGUACGUGUAUGCAAGAGGAAGGGCCCCGUGGACCAAAAGGGAAAAUUGGAUCACAGGGAUCUCCUGGUUUGCCCGGCCAUCGGGGAUAUGUAGGAGAGGAUGGAGAGCCAGGUUCCAGAGGAUUCCCUGGGCUGGAGGGACCCCAAGGCUAUAGGGGAGACCCAGGCAGUCGAGGAAUGAAGGGGCUACAAGGCCGAACUGGAAGAAAGGGAGAGAAAGGAGAUGAUGGGCUUGAUGGAAUUCUAGGAGAAGAGGGAUCACUUGGACUCCCAGGACACAAAGGAGAAAAGGGGGAUGCAGGCCUGCAGGGCAGCCCAGGACCAAGUGGACUUCCUGGUGAUGAAGGUCAGAAAGGCUUCCAGGGAGAUCCUGGAGAUUCUGGAGUGGAUGAUGAUGUAGAAGGAGCGAAAGGUUACAAAGGUUCACAAGGGAGCAGGGGAGAAAAAGGAUCACAAGGUUUUACAGGCGAGAAUGGAUCUCCAGGAUACAGUGGACCAGAGGGACAAAGAGGACUUCCAGGUCCACCGGGGACAAAAGGAAACCCUGGUCCCAGAGGUUUGGAAGGAAAACAAGGCUUUGAAGGUCAACAAGGGACAAGUGGCAUUCCUGGUGAGAAAGGAGAGAAAGGACAUUCAGGAAACAAAGGUCUUCCGGGAAACUUGGGAAUCCCAGGCCCUAAAGGAAAUCAAGGGAAACCUGGACCAAGAGGAAAUGAAGGAGAACCUGGGGAUCCUGGAAGGAAAGGACCAGCAGGGCCCCGUGGUCCACAAGGAACGAGGGGGGAUGAGGGAAUUCCUGGAUAUGGAGCAGCAGGAAAGAAAGGAUCAAAGGGAGAAGAAGGCUUCCCAGGAGACAUUGGAAUGCAGGGUGCACGUGGAAACCCAGGCCUUCCUGGGGAACCAGGACCAAAAGGCGUUAGGGGAAGAAUGGGUACUCCAGGAUUAAAAGGUGAGCCGGGUGGCCCAGGAGCGUGGGGUCCUCCAGGACGUCCGGGUCCAAAAGGCGAGAAGGGUCUGUCCUCAUUUUCGUCCUGUGAACUCAUUGAGUAUCUGCGUGAACACAGCCGUAAGUACUGCCCGAUUUUGAAUUUUGAUACCAAAAGGAGGAAGAACAUCCUAUACAGAGCCCAGUUAAUAUAUUGACCACUUGCCUGCAGUUACAAUAAACAGUGGGGCUGAAAACUCUGUUUGGUUCAGUUAACAGUUUUCAAAGGGCCUCAGGCUAGCGUUAGCAUGAUGCAAUCUCAUGUUGAGCUAUGAUAUCCCAAGCAGCCAUGGCACAUGCAAGUCAUUCCUGUUCAAAAGAGCCUAGACCACACGACUUCCUGUGCAGCCAAAACCAUCCAGUCCAGGGUGGGCUGAUUGGUAGUAGUAUGGCAGGGUUGGAUCUGGGAAUAUGGGCUCCUGGGAGAUGCUCUUGGGCCUUUGAAACUGCAUAAAACUGCAUAGUAGUGAUGUAUGGAAGUGAGAGCUGGACCAUAAAGAAGGCUGGUCACCGAAGAAUUGAUGCUUUUGAAUUAUGGUGCUGGAGGAGACUCUUGAGAGUCCCAUGGACUGCAAGAAGAUCAAACCUAUCCAUUCUGAAGGAAAUCAGCCCUGAGUGCUCACUCGAAGGACAGAUCCUGAAGCUGAGGCUCCAAUACUUUGGCUACCUCAUGAGAAGAGAAGACUCCCUGGAAAAGACCCUGAUGUUGGGAAAGAUGGAGGGCACUAGGAGAAGGGGACGCCAGAGGAUGAGAUGGUUGGACAGUGUUCUCGAAGCUACGAACAUAAGUUUGACCAAACUGCGGGAGGCAGUGGAAGACAGGAGUGCCUGGCGUGCUCUGGUCCAUGGGGUCACGAAGAGUUGGAAACGACUAAACAACAAAACUGCAUAGUAUAUAAAUCAAUUGACAGCCC